AUGGCACUUAUACGAAUAGGGGCUUUACAGAGGCUGACUGGUGGGAACUGCUCACCUGUGCUCUGUCAAUGGAGAAAUAAUCGCACAAGAUGUCUGUCCACCCCGCUAGCCACCCACCUCCACGGAGUAUCUGGGAGGCGACACUUUGUGUCGUCGGCGAGAACAUUGCAGUCAGCUGAAGCUGCUCCCACGGACAACGAGCAGCAACAGCAACCAUCCGACGCGGAAAAACCACCACCCCCAAUCGAUGGCAAUCUCCUCCUUCGGUCCCAAUUUGAAUUGCAUGGAGAUAUUCGCGAGUAUCUACGGAGAUGGCAAAAUACAAACCCCAAUGAUUUGGAUCCCGUGCGCCAAUCGAAAUACCGAGGCCCGCUAGAACCAGUACUUGGAACGCUGGGAACGAUGCCUAAUGGCCGUGACGCGAUAGAGUCUUGGGGUGAUCCGAACAAGUUGAAUCAGGAUGAUAAAGCUGAAUUCGAAGGUGAACAUCUCGAGCAAGGGGAUCUGGUUGCCAGGUUAAACGCAGAUGGAGUUUUCAAUUAUGGAAUCUACGUGCGGUCGGUUCACAAACAGAAACAGUUCUACGGUGUCAACGGGAACUGGCGCAUCUGCUCGAACGCAGAACUCGACUAUGUCAUCAAAGGAUUUGCACCUCCUGAGCUGGUUAAGCCUCUGAUCCCAUGGUUUCCAGAUGGCGAGGCUAUCGCGAAUACGGAUCUUCAGUUGGCCCCCGAGGGCGGCCUUCCGAGACCCCUGGGGGCUCCUCUUUUGAGAAUGCUGGGAAAUUUCAAGACCCAUGUCCUGAAAUUUUACAGAGAAAAUUCCGACAAGCUGGACACGCUUCAUGAGCGGGUGGCAGAUGAUGCCGAGGUCCUCUGCUUGAGUCUCGAAGACUUGACAAUGACUGCUCUGGACAUCGACGAAUCGGAGCUGACUAGCGUCAAUCUGUUUGCUGUUCACCAGGCUGUUCGUCAACAUCCUUUCCUCAUCGAGAAGGAUUCCACCUCUUUGUUCAGCCGCAUGUAUAUCGUGCAGCCAAAACGAAUCGCCAACAUUGUCACACAGGUUGUUGAUUGGACUCACGAACACCAAGAGCAUUGUAUUCGUGCUACCAUGCGCAAAGAGACACCGGGGGCUAAAACCCACCCUAUGCACCUGUUUUUGAUCAAGGCACAACGGAUGAUCCGCCUUAGCAGAAACGUCCGCUCUCCGACUAUCAUGUCUAGCCUGGGACCUUCUUCCCAGAGGUUUACACCGGGUCAGGAUGGUAAACCACAGGUUUUCCGUGAAAUCAUCACCGAGAAGUUCGACCAAAAUGAUCAGAAAAUCAUUGAAUAUUUACAGCUGUUCUGCAUUCCCGCCGUUGUCAUGCCGUCUGGCACGUUGAGAUCAACUGCAACUCAUAUCAUGCGGGCCACGGGGAUGUACAACACUCUUGGUCUGAGCGAGGCUUCAACCCGUCUUUUCUUGCAGGAGAUGGGCGUGAUAUCGCCUUGGGAGAAUCUCUAUCCUCUGGACCAAUAUCUGAUGCUUCCUGGACAUGGCAUGUCCCUCACAAAAGACUUGGAAUUGGAAGAUGUCGAGCUGACCUGCAGCAACCUCACUGCUGGCAAGUUGCAAGAUUCUAUGCAAGAUCUCAGAAAAGAUUGGGGAGAUUUGCCAGUCUACUGUGUGGAUGAUCUGACCGCACAAGAAAUCGAUGACGGUGUGUCAUUAGAGCAUGUCCCAGGCUCUCAUAACACAUUCUGGAUACACGUUCAUGUCGCCAACCCGACGGCCUUCCUCAGACAUGAUGACCCCAUCAUGGAGUACGCACAAUCACGAAUCCUCACCACAUACAUCCCAGAACGCACUUAUCCCAUGCUCCCCAAGUCCCUUACUGAGCCUCACUUCAGUCUAGCGGCUGGCCGGCCUGUACUCACAUUCAGUACGAAGAUGAAUCUUCGCGGAGAAGUCCUGGACAGCAAAAUUCAAAACGGAACGAUUCGUAAUGUCAUCAGCAUCACUCACCAAACACUGCGUGAGUUCUUCGAUCCCGAUUACGAAGAAACCCCAGUUUCUUUGACAGUAGGUGGCAAUUUCACCGAGCCACCAGUCCCAGAGGGCAAAGUUAUUCAACAAGGCCUGCGACCGGAGGACAAGGAUAAAUUCCACAUCAUGCGGCGACUCAUGCUCGCAUUCCGCAACACCCGCAGGAAGAAUGGCGCCAUGGACCUGACCCCGCUGAGCCCAGACCUCUCCGUCGCAGUCCAGACAGGCAAUGCUCCGAUGGCACCGUACGAGCUACAAGCCACCGACGGACGCAUCUAUCUCGGCGACCCAAUCAUCCGCCUGACUAUGCACAACUACGAUCCAUACGAGGUUCGUGACGAAUCCCGCUCCGAUCUGAUCUCCCUGAUCAUGAAUCUGGCCGGCUAUAUCUCCGGUCAAUUCCUCUCUGCGCGCAACAUCCCUGCCGUCUUCGACGGUACCUGGUACGACCCGGAAUACGGCCGCGUCACCAGGGCCAACCUGGCCAAGUUCGGCGGCGAGAACUUCUACGAGCUCAGCGCCCCGCUGGCUUAUUCUUCCUCCUCACCGACUAAACACCAUACGCUUGGCCUGGACACGUAUGUCAAGAGUACCAGUCCGCUACGCCGAUACACUGAUAUCAUCGCGCACUAUCAAAUCGAGGCUGCAUUGCGUUUCGAGCAUGAACACGGCCGUCAAUUCGACGCUUUGGUUGACAGUCCUGAUUCUGUGGAGAGCUAUCUCGCAGAGGACGAAGCUGCUCUGGCUGAGACAGCUGAGGCUGACCCAACUGAGUCUCCUGAUGAACUCCAAAAUGAUCAGGAAAAUCUCCCUACCUAUCUCCUCCCCUUCUCUAAAUCCGACGUCGACGCACACCUCCAUUACUCUCAACCCCUCCGCACACGUCUCAAAAACUUGGACAAAUACUCUGCCCAACACUGGGCUUGUAUGCUUCUUUUCCGCGCAUUCUAUUUCUCCGAAUGCUCUCUUCCGGAAACCUUCCCUACUCUGCUCCGUACCCCGCGCACCAAGCCGAGACAUCUGGAUCCUGAGUAUGCCGGUGUCAUCACCAAUCUUGGUGUGGAUUGCUCUGUGACUAUUCCCGAGGGCUUUGCCGAUAAAGAUAAGUUGGGUAUCUUCUGUCUGGUCGAAGCCCGUAUCACGGCUGUGGAUAUGGCGACUUUGCGGGUUACGAUGGAGGCGACUCGGUUUGUGAAGCCGUUUGAGAGGACAGGCGAAUGGGCUUGA